GAAAGAAGAGGUACAGAUUAACUCAGUGGCAUGGACAUACAUUGAAGACUGGAGAUUUCUUAUUUGCCAUCUUUUAAAGUGUAAAGGUCUCUGAGGCAGGACAGCUGUUUGAUCAAGAACGAUGGGUCUCCUGAAGCUGCUGAAAUCCCAGUUCUUGUUCCACCUGAUCAUCUGCUAUGUGUUCCUGGUCAGCGGCCUCAUUAUCAACCUGUUGCAGAUCUUUACUUCACCUCUGUGGCUGGUCAGUAAGCAGCUGGCACGCAGGAUCAACAUCAGACUGGGUUACUGCAUCAGCAGCCAGAUGGUAGCUGCCCUGGAUUGGUGGUCUGGGACAGAAUGCACACUCUACACAGACCCUAAGAGUUAUCCACUGUAUGGAAAGGAAAAUGCAAUUGUGGUUCUCAAUCACAGUUAUGACAUUGAUUUCCUAUGUGGCUGGGCCUUCUGUGACAGAUUUGGAGUUCUUGGGAGCUCAAAAGUGUUGGCCAAAAAGGAGUUGAGUUAUGUACCUGUUAUUGGCUGGAUGUGGUACUUCCUGGAGAUAGUUUUCUGCAAGAGGAAGUGGGAGGAGGACCGAAGGACGGUGGCUAAGAGCCUUCAGAACUUGCGGGAUUACCCAGAAAAGUACUGGUUCUUGCUUUUCUGUGAAGGAACACGUUUCACACCAAAGAAACACCAGAUCAGCAUGCAUGUGGCCGAGAGCAAAGGUUUACCCAAACUGAAGUACCAUCUUCUGCCCAGAACCAAAGGAUUCUGGAUAACUGUCCAAAACCUUAGAGGAACUGCUGCAGCUGUUUAUGAUUCAACACUGAACUUCAGAAACAAUGAAACGCCGACCUUGCUUGGAAUUCUAAAUGGGAAGAAAUAUCAUGCAGAUUUAUAUGUGAGGAGAAUCCCUCUAGAGUUGAUCCCAGAAGAUGAGGUAGAGUGUGCUUCUUGGCUCCACAAACUCUACCAGGAAAAGGAUAGCUUUCAGGAGCACUACACACAAACUGGGCGUUUCCCUGGCCCCACAGUGAGCUCUUCACGCCGACCCUGGCCCUUGAUCAACUGGCUGUUCUGGGCCUGCUUGCUCCUCUACCCACUAGGCCUGCUGCUCGCUCAACUGAUCAGCUCCGGAUCGAUGCUGACCAUCUUAGUUUCUGUGGCUCUCUGCUCUACAGCUUCAAUGGGAGUUCGCUGGAUGAUUGGCCAGACUGAGAUUAACAGAAGCUCAAACUAUGGGAAUAAUGAGGUUCCUCUAAAUGACAACUAAUGACUCCUGACCUACUAAGCGCUGCUCAUUUGCACAGUUACUUUAUCUGCAAGCUGAAGGCUUCACAAUGUUUAAACACCGGUCUGACAGGAUUGGUCCAACAAGUGCAAACCUGUUUGUCAAAGCACAGUGCAGCGGAGUUUUUUCUUAACGCUAUGGUUUUAUUAUGUAAAUAUUUGAAUUCAGUCAAGAAUAAUAUUUUCACUGGUCACUCAAACUGGAAUAAAAAUUUAACCGAGUUUAAAAUGGACUACCUCAGUGGUUGUAAUUUAAAGAAUUAAUGGUAUUUUAAUGUUGGAAGAAAAUACACAGUUCACUUUAAAAAAAAACAUUGCUUUAUCAAAACAAAAAAUCCUUGUAUAGCCUCACAUCUAUGACGACAGCACAAGAUACUUUACGUUUGUGUAUCCAGCAAUGUGUGAAACAGAACACCCUCUUUACCUUUCCAUGAAAUCCAUCAAAAAAAUCAUAUUUCAAAUCAUAUAAAAUUUGCAUCAUAUACACCAGGGCUAUUCAAGGCUAUACUUGCAUUUGGUUAGAUGACUUCCAUUGUAAAAAGGGGUAAAAUAGUGACCUCUGCUGAAGCAAAGUUUUCCAGGACCACUACACAUACACAGAGGGUGUUUCCCCUAGGCGACCCUGGGCCUUGACCAAGGGGCUUACACUAGAGGUUGAUUUUGUGCAAUCAUGCUCUGGAUGAAGUCAUCCUAAAAUGGAUA